AAACAGGCCAUUCAGAAAGACAAUAUUGGAGUUGUAAGAAUACAUGCUGAAAAUGCAAUUCAUAAGAAAAAACAAGCAAAAAUAAUCUUGAUCUUGAGGAAUAAGGCUGAUGGUCAGGCAGCCAGACUUCAAGCUGCAGUGACAAUGGGCAAGGUAAAAAAAUCCAUGGCAGCUAUACUUAAAACUUUGGGUGCUACAUUGACACAUAUGGAUCUUGAAAAGAUUUCAGCCUUAAUGGACAAAUUUGAACAUCAGUUUGAAACAAUGGAUGUUCAAACACAACAAAUGGAAGAUGCACUGAGUAGUACUAAAACUGUCAUAACACUACAGAACCAAGUGGACAUGCUACUUCAGGAAAUGGCAGAUGAAGCAAAACUAAAUCUCAAUAUGGAGCUUCCACAGUUUCAGACAGGGUCUGUUCGUGCAAGUGUUGCUUCUGUGGAGCAGGAUGAACUGUCACAAAGGCUUGCUCAUCUUUGUGAUCAUGUGUAA